AUGGAAGACCAAAACAUUUCGACGAUCAAGAAGUGGAUAUCGUACGUCCAAAACUCCAACCUCGGGGUUGCUCUCCAAUACAAGGUCACUUUGACAAGCUUGAAGUCCAACAUUCGUCCAUGGAUGACUGAUAUGUUCAACCCAGCCUUGUUUUCCAAGCCCUCAGUCAAGCAAAUCCCAGCCAGACUUGGUGAAAACUUGGUCUAUUUCAUAUCCAACUACGUCAUCUUGACUAUGCUUCUCCUCGUACUAGGAAUGUAAGGUUUAUGUAGAUUAUCACAGCCAUCUUUCCUUAUUUCUUUAGUUGCAAUUGGGGCUGUUUGGGUUUACCUCUCAAAGAAGGAAAUGAAAGUAUAUGGUAUAGAUGUCACAGAUUUCCAAAAAAAUAUGGGAAUUCUCGCACUUUUAGUAUUAUCUACCUUUAUGCUGGCUGGAAAUAUGAUCAUCUAUACGCUGUUUUUCUCGAUGGUGCUUGCAGGAGCUCAUGCGGUGUAUCAUGAUCAACCUCAAAUUAACUUGAAAUUGGAAACUGAUCUGCCGCCAAACACCUUAUUACCACUUUAA